UUCUCACUCUCGCGCCUUGCUUGUUCUGUACUCUCUUUGUAUCCGACAUUCUUGUUAAAUUGUAUUUAUUUUUCGGGAUCCGCUCAUUAUAAAGUGUUUUAAGUUCCUCGUGUUUUGGAACUAUUUUCCCCGGUAGAUCUCGUAUUUUUUUCUCGUUUGUUUAUUCGGUUUUGAUUUCGAUGGCUUGCAAGAUGAUCGCCAGAUUCUAAGCCGGCUUGAGCUUUUCAAGUUUCGAAAGAUGUCGCGGGAAAUCAAGAAAGUUUACUCCAUACUAGCAACUCGUAAAUUCAUCUAUAAUAAAGUUUUGCUAAUAUCUCGGAAAGAUGGCAUCAUCUAGGAUAGCUAUAUUGUUGGUUUUCACUGUAUCCAGCAUCCACGCAGCAAUCAUCCCCAGUGUGCCAGAGUACUUAGAACAGAACUCUUUGCCACUGUUUGCAAGACUGGGAGAGAAAGAAGAUGACUUUGGUGAGCGGGGCGGUUUGAGACGCCGAGACUGGGUCAAAGUUUCCGUGACCACACCGCAGUUCAUCAGGGUGCCCAUGGGUGCCCGCGUUGAACUUCACUGUGAUGUCAUGGGGAGCCCCCCUCCAAGUGUACAAUGGAAUCGAGGACUUCAAACCCUCCAAGAGCAAGGAUUUGAAGAAAGCAAUGACAUUGGUGGAACAGGCGUGGCCAAGGUACGGUCGAAGCUGGUCAUCGAUUGUGUCCUGCCCCACCACCAAAGCAUGCAGUACACGUGCAAAGGAAUUUCUGGCUCUCAAGCUGUCAUCUCGAACCCCAUUACUCUCUUAGUCCAAGGUGGUAACUCGACCAGCCUGGGUUCAGAGCGCUGCCGCGCUGGCGGCAUCAAAGUUCCGCGGAUCAACUCAUGGAGCCCGAUCAUCAUGGAAACGAUGGGAACGAAUAUUGCCCUGCCCUGCUUCGCUGAAGGCAACCCAAGACCCACCGUCUACUGGCUCGACAAAAAGAACGAACCCAUCGACGAAUCUUCGGACUCUAGAUUCAAAAUGCUUGAGACUGGAGAACUGCUCAUUACAAAACUGAACUGGGAAGAUAUGGGAGACUACAAAUGCGUAGCUGAAAGUCCACAGGGCCACGAGACUGCUGAAACUUUCCUCUACCCAAUGCUACAAGUUAAGAAUACGAAGGCUGAAGCGCUUGAGUCCAUCAUGCAAGACUGAAUAACUCGUUUCUCUGAGUUGACUUGAAGUCUUACGCCGUAAAGUCACUAGCACUGAUUUUACGCCUCUUGCUCUAAAUAUCGGUGCCUUUUUGAGCCGAUAUAAUUGGAGUCAUGGCAAUCGGGCCGUUGGAAAAAAAUUAAAAAAACUGCUCAGGCAUCAUGCUCCAAAAUCAAUAACGAUCUGCCGUAAUGGAAUAUUUCAUGACACGGAUUCAGGGAAAUCUCUCUUUUAUGAAACGUUCCUGAAUCGUAAAUUGACGAUUAAAAUACCUAAAAUUUCGAACGAGAAAGAUGUAUCUGGAAAAAUUCCGGGAAAGGAAUUUACACGGAGAGUUUUCUUCUUAAGAAUGGAGAUCAUCGUCGGUAAAGAUAUCGAUAUUGAGUCUGGUAUCAUAACUGCAAGGAUAAAAUAUUUAUAUUAAGUAAAAUGCUCGGUUUUCAUUGACAGGUUUCUAUAAACACGUUAAAGUCUUCUAGUAACAUACUUGAGAUAAACAUAUUCUUCAGUCAUAAUAAGAAAUAUAAUCUAUCGUGGUUUCGAUAAUCUAGGAUAAGAUACACUUAUUGAAAAUGUACUUACGAUAAAAAUUAAACAGAAAUUUGAGUGUCUUUCGAGUGUAAAUAUGUAUCACCAAAAAGGUAAAUAUUUAUCAUUGGAGCUGAAUGAUGAUCGCUAAUUACAUGCGAACAGAUAAUCUCGAUAGUUUUGCUGAGAUUUCUCAAUUUCAGCUCUAUUCCAAAUUCGUCGUGUACACAUUAAAAAUUGAUCGGUAUUAAGCAUUGAAGUACUUUCUGCUGCUCAGGAAGCCUCUCUCAUCCUCCUCAAUCAAAAUAAACCAUCGUUUAUUAUACUUUUUGGACUAUAUUUUGAAAAUAAGAACUACCUAGUUCAACUAUUAGAGCACCUACUGCACAAAAAAUCCAAUGGCACAACUGUUAUUUCUGAAAUGAGCCAGAAAUAGUGACGCUUCAUCGCAAAUGAUACCUAUACAUUUGUGGGUUUUGAAUAACCAUUCUUAAGCUUCGGAGAGAGGUAAAUUGAGAUGCAAAAAAUUCCAAGGAAUUCAAUAAUUCUAAAAAACAUGUUUUCAAAAACUUUUCAAAACAAAAGGAAGGGAAUGAAAUAUAACAUAAUAUAUCAUCCUUUCAUUUCCUUUAUUCGAAUUAUUGACCAUAUGGAGGGACUGUAGUGUUGUGUCACAAUUGGCAAUUUUCUCAACAUACGCGUGACUUUCAUUGUCAGCUAGAACUUGACAUACUUGAUCCUCAAGAAGAGAUGCCCGUCAAGUUCUGACGAAACUCUUCGACUGAUUGAUUGGACGGAUUUCUGCCAAAAGGAACUAUGCGCAUCAUGACGUGAGCCCUGUUAUACAUUUAUUCUUAUGGGACGCAGGGCUCAUGUCUUAAUGCACAUAGUUCCGUUUGAUAGAGAUACGUCCGAUUAAGGGAGGGAUUUAAGAGCGAAGUACCUAUCUCCGUUCUUAUCACUCCAUGCGGCUAGUCCACUUACAUCUUCAAUAAUCCGUUUCUUCCUUUUGAACUGAGUGCACUUUUGCGGUGUCCUUCAGUUGUCAUAAAUUAGCGCAUGGAUAUUAAAUGCAUCGAUUAUACAGGGUUAUCUAGGGAUAAACGGCCCGACCGCAGGAGCCGAAACACCCCCAUACCCCCUCUUUCAAUUGAAAUUUCUAUUUUGUAUCGAUGAUUGAUUAAUUCAGGGCAUAAAAGUAAAGGAAAGUACAAACUUUCAUGAGAUUUGGUACACAACCGUUGCCAAAAUUCAGGAAAAAACACUUACUUUCCGAACUUUUGGUGGGGUCGUAGCUCCGACUGGGGGAGCUUUUGGAAAAAAAAAACUUUAUACAAGAAGGGUCUUAUUUUGACCCGUAGAACACGCUCCUGCAGUCUGGCCGUUUAACCCUGCAUCACCCUGUGUAUAACCUCAUCGCGAAGUCUUAAAUGUAUGCAUUUCUUUUUACUACAUUGAAUAGAUGACUGCAUGGAACAGAACUUUCCUUAGGAUACUGCAGAAGAUCUUUAACUUGGGGUUCCCUUUUGCUGAAUGUAGACGAUUUUUCGGUUUCCAUAGAGAUAAUGAGACACGCGUGAUGGAAAGUUUUAAACCAUUUAAGUAAGAUAUUUGAUACUAAAAUUAACAUUUUUAGAAUGUUUAAAAAAUCUGAUUACGUCAUUUGUAUUCUGACACUUAGUCUCGUAUGGUCUCGGUCAGAAGAUUUCCGAACUGAACGUGCGGUAUUUUUUACGUAGAAUUUUGAGUUAAAAACCAAAUACUUCAUAUUUUGAUAAAUAUAUUGAGUGGCCCUGGCGUAAAUUUCACGCAAAAUUUCCUAAUUUGUAGCACGCACUCGUUCUAGAUUUUUUGUUUUUUGUAGUUCAGAAAAUAUUUUUUAGAAAUAAUUCAGAAAAAUGCCAGAAAAGUAUGACUCCCUUCUCUUGAAGUAUUAAACUUCAACGUCUUGAUCGACAGAUCAAGAAUCCUGUUCAAAAUUGUGAACAUUACUGUAAGAAGCAAACAUGACUGCAGAGCACAUAAUGUGCAUUCUGUUUUUUUUUUUAAAUUAUUCUUUUGUAUUCAGUUUUCUUUUACUAUUUUUAGUUCUCUAAUUUAUUUAUUUAAUUUAUUAUUUAAUUUAUUACUUAUUUAACUUAAUAUUAGGUAGUAUUAGUUAUAAUCGAUACGUUUGCAAGUUGGAUGAAAAAAUAAGGAGCGUGCAUAAUUCGACUCCAGGCAUCACAUUUGCGCCGAUCAAAUUAAUUCUCGCAUGAAGUAAGGCAUAAUCAGUUUUAUAAGGAAACAAAUCCCACGUUACCUAACACAAGGAGAUCUUUCUACAAAAAGAUUUUUAAAAAAAAAAAUUCAUAAUUUAGUGUUAACGCAUUUUUCAAAACUAUCUUUGAAGAUGGAUUUUUUCUACUUUAUGACGUUCAAUUUUUGCUUUCGACGUAGAAAUAUUUCAACAUUUCUUGAAAAGUCACACACACAAAUUGAAAUAUUUUAAUCAGCUUGUAAAAUAACAAUUUCCAGAUAUCAGAAUAAGAAUCAGAGUAUGUGGAAACAUUUUUAUCCACUGACUCUAUACUGAAAGUUAUGGAGGACUCUUAAAUCAAUGUUUUCAAAAUCCAGGGUAAUCCAAAAGUCCUGUACCAAUAGCACCACUUGUAACUCUUGUAGCUUUAGAAUGAACUGAGAUGGGAGUUGGCAUUUUGUGAGUACUCACAGGUCAAAAGAAACUACGCUUCGGAAACUACUACGGGACCCUUCAAAAUUGUAGGGGGAUCUUCCUGAAAAGAGGCAAAAACCCUGAGGUUUACAGGGAUGGUACGGGACCCUUAAAUCACCCUGUACGAGAGCGCAGAAAAAAAUGAAUGAGUUUCAUCCAACUUGCAUCGCGAAAAGAUUUCACGCCUUCUCCACAAUCAAAUACUAUAAUUUAUUAUCCUUCAUUCUCUCUCAUCUCUUUAACUUAUUUUGAUUUGUAUUAUUAAUUGAUUAAGGCCUAAUUUCCCCCUCUUGAAUACUUUCCCAUAUCAUUUUAAGGUUCUUUCUUCUAAUAUUUUUUAAGUAUUUUCUUUUGUACUGGUGAUUUUAUAGUGAGUAGUUGUAGCUGAAUUCUCGAAUAAAUUUCCUUUGAUUUUGUUUUUUAAA